UUCUUCGUCGACUUUCGCCACCAUGCGCAUCCCGGAUAUCAAACGUGACAAUCCCGAGCGCCAGUACAAUGCCUCUGCGCGGUACCUGGCUGCUUCUGCUCCGGGAUCAACUCACCCAACGGCACCAAGCUCCCCUCAACUCACCAAGAUGUCGACCAUUGAGGAGGAAGAUAGCGACUCAACUUCUACAUCCCUCCGUCGGAUCGCCUCCACCAGUGGCAUAUCUUCACGAUCCGCCACACCUAUAAUGACUUCUCAGCUCGAUACACAGCACCGUACGCCUCUUCAGUCUUACACCAUCCCCGAGCCAGUCACUCCCGUCCUACAUUUCAAACAACCCCCCCGAACUCGAGCUCAGCUGGGUACUCCUCCUCGACCCCCAUCGCUCCUCCGUUCGCAGAGCAUGUCCUCUUUCCCAGCUUCAAAAAGCUCUCUCGACGUGCCACCUCCAGGCUACAGCUUUGACGAGCCAGUUCUUCUCUUCAAAAAACCUCCUCAUCCCCAGCCCCGGGGUUCUCUCUUCGAGAAAACCUCUAUCACUACAGGCCCAUCUACCACCAGAGCCGCAAGCCUCCAAAACGAACCCCUAACCCGUAAGUUGGACGCCGCAUUCGCCCUGUCCCUCUACAAAACAUCCAAAUCCUCCACCAGCGUUCCGUUCGAUCCACCCAUCAAAGCUCCCCUACCAUCCCAAGACUUCGGUCCCAUAGGUGCAGGUCGCCCCCGCCGUUCCUCCCUCCGAGACGCUUCCUUCGCCCUCAACGAAUCUCAUAAUUUAACCCGCACCGUCCGGCCCUCCCCAAAUCCACCUUACGAGCCCCCUGCUCUUCUUUCAUCUAGCGACGUCGACCGCACGGUUCCGGAGCCUGGCGUGCUACACUGCCCGAUCCACGGUGGCAAUUGCGAUGGCGUGGGUGUUACUGGCUUGAAUUUGACAGAGGCUGUUGCCCGGGGUGCGGGAUUCACUGAGGUGCUGCCUUGUUUGAGGAGAGGUGAUAGGGUCAUGGUUGACUGGGAGAGGCUUUUUGUGGAGGAGAUGGAGAAGGAGGGAAGGGAGGUGAAGAACCGCAAGGUUGAUUAA